AUGGAAAUGCAGCGUUUAAUAUGCCAUUCUUCCUGUCCUCUUUGCAUCACCUGCGCCAGCCUGGCCAACGCCUUGAGGGCCGUACUGUUGCACGGCCUGAAGCGGCCCGGUCUGCUGGGCGAUCUGAGCGACUGUCAUCCGUGGCAUUUCAUCGAGGAGGCCGCGGCGAAAGAAGUGGAGCGUGACUUUGCCUCUGUCUACUCGCGCCUCGUGUUGUGCAAGACCUUUCGACUUGACGACGAAGGCAAAGUGCUGGGCGCCGAAGAGGUCCUGUACAGGGUGAGAAUGCUCCCACUUGCUAGCCUACUCCAUUCGUAG